UGAUCAUGAAAAUGGAGAAUGUUAUGAAAAAUAAAGUGUGAUGUAUUGUUGACAUAAAAGCUUAAGAACCAGAUAAUUUAUGAAUAUUAUCAUUUCCUUGGAAAGGAACGAGCUAGAUAGAGAUACAACAAUGCUAUGGAAGUCUCAAUGAAACCAGAUGCUGCAGAAGAAAAACUUAACAGGUUUUUACAAUAUGACUUUGAAAAUGAUGCUAGGUUUCAAGAAGGCUUGAAAUCCCUUGAAAAAUCUCAACCCUUCAAUGGUGAUACGGCUAAGGAAGAUGUACAAAUGAAACUCUUAGAUGCCCAGCUGUUUUAUUACUCAAGGUUUUUUGAAAAAAUAACUAAAGAAGAAUACACCAAUGGAAUGUCAAAGAAACCAACAGCAGGAGUUGAUGCCAUGAAGAGUGACAACAGUAAAAACAUCAACACUGACCUAUCAGAGGAUGAAGAUAUUGUCAAUGAUAAAAAUGAAGAUGACAAUCAAGCAUUAGCAAUUAGUGCACCUGGCAACCAAGUGACAAUUACAAAUGAUGUCUCUGAACAAGUAACUGCUCAUGCAUCCAAUAACAGAGAUGAAAGACAUAUUGCUCAAUCAGAAAAUGACCUAACAGUGCUUGAUGCAAAACAUGAUGAAAUAACUGAUGACAAAGGUGCCAAACCAAAGAAACCUGACAAUAAAAUGGACAAGGAUGGGACCCUGUCAUUAAGCCAAUUGUUAGAUUUAGUAGAGUCAGGGCAAACCAUACCAGGAUUGGAAAAUUUGAACAUUGAGGCAACUGGAGCAGCUCCUACCCAGUCAGCAGCUUCUAGACCUAAGAAACCGUGGGAAAAAGAUUGA